CACCAUCAAAUGUUUUUUUAUUUUUUAUUUUUUUAAAUUACCAGUUUCACUCUCCAAAACACUGAAGACAAAACAGGUAGGAGUAAGAACAGCUAGCAGAGCAAAAAUGGAAAUCCCUUGUGCUACCCCAACAUCGUUUUCGUUAAAUUAAUAUCUCAACAACUCUUUCAUCUUCUCGUAUUAAAUACCCAAAUUGCUCUUCUUCACUCUCCUGCAAAAGGGUCUCUCUGGUUUUCUCACCUUCUCAAUCCUUAGCAAAGAUCUGUUCUUCUCCUGAUAAUAAACCAGAAAUGGCUGGGUUGGGGAUUGAAGAUGGCAGUGCUUUUAAGGUUCAUGUUUUCUCCUCAUCCUCCGAGUUUGUGCUGGUUGGAGAAAUACCUGUCUGUUUCCAUUGUAAAGUUGCUUGAAAAGUUGAAUGAAAAGUGGAGUUCAGUGGAAAAGCAACCCUACCCAGCUAUGUAUUCUAGUAUUUUUGGUGGGAUUAUUCUCGAUCCUGCCAUGAUGGUAAUUCCCAUCGACGACCACAUGGUUCAUCGAGGCCAUGGUGUGUUCGACACAGCUAUAAUCUUUGAUGGCUAUCUAUAUGAGCUUGAUGUGCAUCUUCAUCGCUUCCUUCAGUCAGCUGCAAAGGCAAAAAUCUGCUCGCCCUUCCCUCAAUCGGUGCUCAGAAGCAUUCUUAUUCAGCUCACAUCAGCAUCGCAGUGCAGGAAAGGAACUCUAAGGUACUGGCUGAGUGCUGGUCCUGGGGAUUUCUUGCUGUCACCUGCAGGUUGUCCAACAUCCGCGUUCUACGCCAUUGUCAUUGAUGAUAACUUUUCUCAAUGCAAAGUAGGUGUUAAAGCCAUAACAUCCACUAUUCCCAUGAAGUCACCUUCGUUUGCCACCAUGAAGAAUGUAAACUACCUUCCAAAUGUUCUCUCGGUCAUAGAAGCUGAAGAGAAAGGAGCAUCUUCCUCCAUUUGGGUUGAUGAUAAAGGUUGCAUUGCAGAAGGUCCAAAUGUUAACGUCGCGUUUAUAACCCGAGAGAAGGAGCUUGUCUUUCCUUUCUUUGACAAAAUUCUUCGAGGGUGCACUGCAAGAAGGCUUAUUGAACUGGCACCCAAAUUGGUUGAGCAAGGGAUUUUGAAGAGUGUCAAAACUGAUAACCUUUCUGUUGAGGAAGCCAGAGGUGCAGCUGAGAUGAUGUAUGUAGGAAGCACAUUACCAAUUUUGCCAAUCAUCAUGUGGGAUGAUCAGCCCAUUGGAGACGCAGGGAAGGUAGGAGCGUUGACAAUGGCCCUUUCUGAUCUGCUUUGGAAUGAUAUGGUUGCAGGCCCUGAUACACAAAGGUUUCCUGUUCCCUACUUGUAGUGAACCAAAAUUGGAAAUGAUCCCAUCUCCUUUAUCCUUUGGAUUCAUUCCUCAAUAUGAGAAAAUGGUCCUUCAAUAUUCAAUAAAAACUUGCUCAUUGUUUAGCAGUUUGUCGGAGUUAACACCGAGCCGACUGCAGAAAUGGCAAUUACAAGAGAAAGGCAAUGGGUUAAUGUUAAUGAAAACCAACUUUAAGUACGAUUUUCACCUACGAACUGUGAGUAAUUAUCCACUAAAUCAGAUUGUUUACCUAUUAUCACCACAGUUUUUCUGUAGCACAGAGUCCUAAUUUUAUAAUUUUCA